AUGGCUCGCGGAGAAGGGGACAGCAGCGCGGAAAAUAACAGCAUAGACUCUUCAGAUAUUGGAAAAAGUACGGAAGACGAAAGUGCCAGCGCUGAAAGCAACGAUGUCAGCCUUCUCCAAGAAGAGGAGGACGAUGAAAGUACGGAAAGAAACAAUCCUGCCCUCGUGAAAUAUGGAUGGCGAGACUGGCGAGACUGGCGACGUCCUGAAAGAAGGCGUCCCUCGUACACCGAAAAAUGCACUCGGGCGUUCCCUAAAAUCGUCAGACGUACGGUUAGCUGCCGAUACCUCUGUCGAGGAUGGCCUAUUCGAACGGAGGAAGAAGAGGACGGAAGCUUGUGUUGGGCAAGACGUGGCUAUCGUGGGUACUGUCUAAAAGGAGAGUGCCAGAGAGGUGUCUGGCCGGGUCAGAUAACGACUUCCACCUUAACAACAACCUCGACUACCACACCUGCACCACGACCGAAGACACGACCACCUCCAACACAAAAAGUGGAUGAUGGACAUCACAGGCAAUGCGAUAGGGUUGAGCAUAAUCCUCAGAGAGGCUAUGUGCUGAGUUGCAGAUACAUCUGCAAGGGAUGGCCCCUGAAGGUUGCAAACGAGGUCGAUGGGACUCCCUGCGCGAGGCUUUGGAUGCGAAGACUGGGUCAUUGUUUUAAUGGAAGGUGCAGAAGAGGAGUCUGGCCUUUCCCUAUUAAGUCCUCAACAACCGCUACGACGAUCACGACGACCACAAUCAAGACUCGACCAACUACCCCAAAGCAAAAAACCUCAACCACUCCAAUUGCAAUAACAUCACCAACACAGACUCCACCGGCAGAAAGUACGACUGCCACAAUGACUUCAACUGUUAGAUCAACUCCUGAGGACCGAAAGAUAUCAACUAAAGAAGCCAGUACUACCGAAAGUCAAACAUCCGCCUCGCCGCCGGAGACACAGUCAACCACGUCAUUGCAAGUCAGCACCCAAGACACAGUAACAACAGCGGACGAAUCUAGCUCAACUGAAGAACCAUCUACUUUUUCUGAUACAUCUACUACCGAUCAAACUUCGACUUCGCCAUCAGAAGGCAGAUCCACAGAAGUGACUGAGGUCACAAGUCAAGACUCAGUGACAGCUAGUUCAACAGAAGAAUCCACCAUAUCAAAACAAUCAUCUACAAAUACGGAUAGUUCUCCUGAACAAACAACAGCCUCACCAAGAGCAGAUGCAUCUACAGUUGCAAGCGAAACCAGUACUGAAAACGCAGGGACCCCUACUCCUACGGGAGCACCUACCGCAUCCAAAGAACCUACAACGCUUGAAGAUAGCUAUUCUGAACAAACAACAAACUCCGCAUUAGGAGACCAGUCGACUGCAGUGCCCGAUGCCAGCACUCAAGAUACAACAGCAGAUACAACGGAAGCAUCCACGACAUCUGAAGAACUUUAUACUACUGUGGAUAGUUCUUCAGAACCAAAAACAAUUCCACCAGCAGCAGACACAUCGAUAGCUGUGACAGAUUCUAGUACCGAAAACGCAGUGACGACUACUACAGCGGCAGCACAAACCAAACCCGAGGAACCUACGCCGCCUGAAAAAAGGUUUUCAGAAAAAACAGAAAGCUCAGCGUCAGCAGAGUGGUUGACUACAGUGCCCGAUAUCAGCGCUCAGGAUGCAACGACGGCUGGGACAACAGAAGCAUCCACCGCAUCCGAGGAAUUGUCUACGGCUGUGGAUAGUUCUCAGGAACAAACAAUAAUUUCACAAGAAGACAAAACGACAUUUGUGACCGAAAGCAUUAGUGAAAAUACAGUAACGCCCACUACAACCGGAGCACCAGCCAGAUCCGAAGAGCCUACAACGCUUGACUCAGUAUUAGCAGACCAGUCGACUGCAGUGUCCGAUGUAGGUACUCAGGGGGAAAUAACAGCUGACACAAAUGAAGCAUCUACCACAUCCGAGAAAUCGUCUACGACUGUGGAUAGCGCUCCAGAACAAACAACAAUUCCACCAACAGAGGACACAUUGACCGCUGUGACCGAAGUCAGUACUCAGAACGUAGAGACAACUACUACAACAACGGGAGCACCAACCAUUUUUGAAGAACAUUCAGCGGGAGGGAAUAGUUCUGAAGAAACAACGAGAUCAGCAUCAGCAGACAAUUCGACUGGAGUGUCCGAUGUCAGCAAUCAGGACACAACGACAGCUGGAACGACGGAAGUAUCCACCCCAUCCGAGGAGUCGUUUACGACUGCGGAUAGUUCUAAAAAAGAAACAACAAUUUCACAAGUAGGAGACAAAUCGACAACUGUGACUGAUGCCAGCAUUGAAAACGCAGUGACACCUACUACAGCGGUACCACCAGCCGCAACCGAAGAGCCUCAAACGCUUGGAGAUAGUUCUGAAAACACACCAAACUCAGCAUCAGAAGUCCUUCCGACAGCUGUGCAAAUGAGUGCUCAAAACGGGGAGACAACUACAAGCACGGCAACACCGAUAUCAUACGAAGAGUCAUCUACUCUUGGAGACAGUUCUAAAAAAACAGCUACUUAAUUCAGUAUCAGCAGACCAGUUUUGAGCAGUGCACAACAUCAGCCCCCCAAGGAACAGCAACAGAUGGCAAAACAAAUGUAUCAACCUCGUUUAAAAAUGACGGCGAUACAGGAUUGCUCGCCUGAACAAAGAACAAAUUUAGCAUUUCCAGAAUAGUCAGCAGCAAAAGCAGAUAUAAACACUUAGGAGAAAGCGACAACUGACAGAACGGAAGCACCUACUAUAUAUUUAAAGUACCCUACAUGUUCUCUGAUAUUGGCUCUUGAGCAAAAUAUUUUUAUUACAAAGAGGAGUCAGCAGCGGAACACAAUGCCAAGACUAGGGGGUCCAAAGAA